AUGGGCUGCUUUGAUGGACUUCUCAAUAUUCUUGUGAUUUGUUCCAGACAAAAGAGCAUUCCCGUGCAUUACGCAGUGAAGAUGAAAGGCUGGGUCUCCUUCCUCUCGCCACCCCCGUCUCCAUCAGCGGCCCCCCUGCCACUCUCCUCCUCACCUGGGCUGACACUCUGUCCGGAACUUGACCUGUCAGUCAUGGCCAGCCCUACGCCUAUGCACUCAAAGCGACCACAGAACAAACAGACGCGAAAAAAGAGAAACCCGAAGGUGUGUUUUGAAGAGCCAGCGGUCGUGAGGGUAAUACCCGAGCCACAAAUUCAACCCAUCAGUGAUGCACCACCGCAACAGCCAACCAGCAAUCAGAUGAGAUGGAGAGAUGAUCUCCGUGGGAACCAGAAUUUAACAACUGGAAUCCUGAAGAAGAGGACGGAGGGAGCCGCUCGUGGGCCCUAUGAUCACGCAGACAUUCCCGAGGAAGUGGAGCUCAACAGCACCUUGGCUCUAAAGGCGGAGCUCUUAGCAUUGCAGGGGGCAGAGUUUAACACCCAGAAAGCUGUUCAGGAGACAUUACAGAAAGCGGAGCAAACGAAAAAACAGAUCAACAGCAGAGCGACACAAGGAAUAAACGUCUCUCGAUCUCAGACCCUUUUCACCUCAUUGGUCAGCGUGGACGUGCCUACGAGUCAGCUGCUAAGCCAAGCCGUUAAAGAAAGACUGAUUUUGGCCCCGCCCCCCAGAAGUCUUGACAACAAAGCAGCGGAAAGCCCCUCCCCCCUGAUCUUUUUGACUUCUGACUUGUUUAGAGAGAAGCCCCUCCCUGCGGAGGAGGAGCUAGUCAAUAGAAACCCGAUCCUAGCGCCACGUCCCGCCUCCUCGACGUUUGACCUUUACAGAAGGAGGAGUCGCUGGGAAGCCGCCCCUUAGUGCGCCUUUUAUUUACUCACCAGAUGAUGUCAAAAGUCAAGGUCAUUCAGUUGAAGCUGCUGUCACUCAUAUCUACUUGCGAUUUUCUAUCGAGCUUUUCCUCUUGCUUCAAGCCUGCCUCAGCUGACUUUGGGUAUGAAGCAGGGGACGCCCUGGAUUGGUUGUAUUAUUUCAAAAUAAAGAUUUUGUAUGACA